AUGAUAUUCAAGGUUUUGAGAAAUCCAGGACCACAGGACAAGAAGUCAUCUGCGGAUGCCUUUGUUUAUUUCGAAUAUGGAAUGACUGUGGCUGGUUUGUUGCCGCCAUCAAAAGGACGAAAAUUAUAUAUGAUGUUUAGAGGACUCGUGAUCAUGUGGUCCGUGAUAUAUUUGCCUUUUGGAAUGAUGAUGGGUUGUAUCAAGGAUUUCAAAAAUUUCAGUCCUGGAGAAUUUUUAGCAUUAAUAGGCAAUGUCAUGAACGUUGUUGGAUGUUCCCUGAAGAUUUUGGGUUUCUACAUACAUCUAUCGCAAUACCACAAGGCCAAGAAAGUAAUAAUCCGCAUGGAUGAAUUUUUCCUGAUCGUCGAUGUCUUUAAUAUCAUUUGUUGUCUUAUGCUAAGAGCUCAUCUUGAAAUUCUCCGACAUAGAGUUCAAAAAUUUCGCACGGAUCCUGAAGAGACGGAGAAGGAAAGUUACGACGAACUAGUUAAAUGCAUCGAGCAGCAUAAACUAAUUUUAGAAUAUGCCGACCUAGUGCGAUCACUAUUUUCAUUUAAUACUUUCAUACAAUUUAUUUUAAUUGGUACCAUGCUGGGUUGUACUCUAGUCAAUCUUUUGUUCUUCUCUGACUUUUGGACUGGAUUGUCGUGCUGUAUAUAUAUAAUAGGAUUGAUGGCGCAAACAUUUCCAUUUUGUUACAAUUGCGACCUAAUUAUAGACGAUUGCAACAAACUAGCAUUGACUUUAUUUCAUUCAAAUUGGACUGGAUCAAGUCGUCGCUAUAAAUCGACUCUCAUUCAAUUCAUUCAUAAUGCUCAAAAACCGAUUAUAUUUACGGCCGGAUCGAUAUUUCCCAUUUGCAUGCAAUCCAAUAUCCAGGUUGCUAAAUUGGCCUUUUCUGUGGUGACUUUUAUUAAGCAAAUGAACAUUGCAGACAAAUUGUCCAAGAAAUUGAAUAUCCAAUCCUAUUGGAAGAUACAAAAAUCAAAUGUAGUGAAUGCACUUACAAACAAUAAAAUAAACUACACAAAUCUGCACAUUCGCAGUGAUUGA